CUGGUGUCGGUCGGUCGGUGGCUGCCCCGUUAGUUCAUGUCGGUGUUUUAACGGAGAAGGUCCGGAGCACGAGAGGAAACAUGGAGGAGCCGUGAAGAAGAAGAAACACGUAACUAAUGUGUCGUGUUGAUGCGUCGGGAUGGAGGAGGCGGAGCAAAGCCGCUACGUCGCUCAACUGAAGGCCGAGUUCGACGGCUGCGACACGACGGCGUCCGGCUUCCUGGACCGAGAGGAGCUGACGGCGCUCGGCAGGAAGCUGCAGCUGGACGCUCACCUGCCACUGCUGCUCCGCACACUGCUGGGGGGGAGGGCCUACGCCAGGGUGAACUUUGAGGAGUUUAAAGACGGCUUUGUCUCCGUCCUGUCUCGCUCUCUGGACUUCUGCACAUCCGAGGACGACAGCAGUUACCUGGAGCCAGUCGCUCCUGAGGAGGUGAAGCCGAAGUUCGUGAAGGGGGCGAAGCGGUACGGCCGGCGCUCUUGUCCCGACAGUAAACCUGACGGCGCUCUAACCUGCGACUUGGAGGAGUCGCCGCUGUGCAGGGACGAGGCCGCGGACUCGUCUCCUGUCUUCGUCCACAGAGACAAGCUGAGACGAUCCACGUCUCUGGAGAGCAUCGAGAGCCUGAAGUCGGAUGAGGAUGCAGGAAGUCAGAAGCCGGACUUUCAGUCUAAAGCUCCUCUGCAGGAGGAGGACGAGGGGUUGGAGGAAGGAGGCGGCGGCGGACACGUCUCGCUCAACACUGAGGAGCUGGACUCACUGCUCAGGAAGUUGGACGCCGGCCUGGAGGGAAGAGUCAGUAUCAGAGACUUCCAGAAGUUUCUUCGUGGCUCCGCCCCCAUCUCCUGCUCCACGCCUGUACGAGCCACUGACCUGCAGAGGGCGCCACACAGGACGCUGGUAGAGGAGCGCUCGGCCCGCUCCACCUCGCCCUCCCUGCUGACAGCCACCGUGGGUCAGAGAGUCCUGAGCCGGCUGGACGACGGCUCCGGAUGCACCAGCCCCGAGCGGGUCAUCGUCCUCUGGAGGGAGGAGGGCAUCAGGAACAGCCGGGACAUCCUGCAGACUCUGGACUUCCCUCUGGAGGAGCGUCUCAGUCUGGCCGACCUGACUCUGGCCCUGGACAACGAGCUGCUGGUCAGUGGGAACGGCAUCCAGCAGGCGGCGCUCAUCUCCUACAAGAACGAGAUCCAGCACCUGCAGGUGAUGGCGGAGCAGGCCUGCAGGGAGCGGGACAAGGUGAGAGUGGACCUGGAUCUGGCCGAUCAGAGGAACCUGAAGCUGGUGAGGGAAGUGGACGAGCGUCACAGCAGCAUGGAGACACUGAACCAGAGCAGGAUCAGGGACCUGGAGCUGGACUUCCGUGAUAGGCUGGCAGUUCUGCGCACGCAGUCGGAGCAGGAGAGCGAGGCUCUGCUGCAGCAGGUGGAGCGUGAGCGCAGUGUCCAGCAGGGGGAGCUGCAGCUGCUCCGAGUGCAGGAGGCGCAGCUGCAGGAGGAGUUGUGCAGCGCCGCACAGGAGAACAGUCGUCUGGAGGAUGAACUCAGUGUCGUGAAGAUGAAACUGACUGAAGCUGAAAACUCUGUCAACAAACUGCAGAGAGACAUGAAGCAGCUGCUGCACGACAAGAUGGGGGGUUCGGACCCGGCGGGCGCUGGUCUGAGUCACGAGGAGCGUUUCCGUGAAGUCGUCAAAGAGUACGAGCUGCAGUUCAGGGAGCUGCGGGACAGGAAUGAUGAGUUGAGCUCGGAGCUGGAGCUGCUGAAGAGUCAGAGGAGCAACAGGAAGUCCAGAAGAGACGAUGAUGCUGCGUUGAGCUGGACUGAACAACACUCUGUCAGCACCGAGUCCGACUCUGACGACUCGGACAUGAAGCGUCACUCGUCUCCUUUGGUGAAGAAGAAAAUACAUCUGGAUGAUAAGAGCGGACUGGACAGUGUCUCUGGUCCUGUCGUCAGUAUCCAGACUGAACUGGCUCUGGAGCAGCUGAAACAGAAACACAACCAGGAGCUGCAGCAGUUGCACAUCCAGCUCGACACACAGGUGAAUUACUAUGAGCGAAGUCUGGAGCUGAUGAGACAGAGUAUGGAGGUGGAGCGUAAAGACAUCUCUCAGGCCUUCAAGCUGGAGAUCAGUGAGCUGGAGGAGCACAAGGCUCGGGCGGAGGCACAGGUGAAGCAGCUGAAGGAGGCUGUGGACAAAGUGCAGACUCCACACGGAGGAGGAGGAGGAGGAGGAGGAGGGUGGAGCAGCGAGCAGGAGCGAAGGGUGCAGUGGGAGCGUGCGGAGCUGGAGCAGAACUUCGCCAGAGAGAUCGGUCACCUGGUCCAGAGGCUGAGUGCAGAGAAGGAUGAGCUGGAGGCGGAGCUGAAGCUGAAGCUGGACCAGGAAGUGAUGGUGGUGAGGGAGGAGUCUGAGCAGCAGCUCUGUCAGAUGAAGCUGCAGCACGCCGAGGGGCAGCGCCGCCUCCUCCACCAGCUCCACAGGGAGCGCCAGAGGCUGCAGGAGCAGAGGGCAUUCUGGGAGAAGCGUCUGGAGGAGGAGCAAGCCACGAUCUGUGGCCGGUUUUCCUCGGAGAAGAAAUGCAUGAAGGAGCAGCACGAGGAGGCGGUCCGUCAGCUGAGGGAGGAGGUGUUCUGUUUACAAGAAGCCGUUCAGAACGCAGACCUGCGGAUCGGCCAAUCAGAGGCCAGAUUGACGGAGUUCAGAGAGCGCUGUGGCCAGUUAGAGGACGAUGUUGAUGCCUCUGGUGGGCAGUGCUCUGAGCUGGAGGCCAGGCUGGAGGAGGCCUGCACUCAGCUGGAGGACAGCAUCACCUUUCUGGAGUCUCAUGAGGUUGUAAGUAAACGUCUGGCGGCGGAGAAGUGCUCGGUGGAGGAGGAGCUUCAGCAGGCGAGGACCAGAGAGGAGCAGCUCCUGGGUCAGAUGACUCAGCUGAAAGAGGAGCUGGGAAACGUCCAGGCUGCGUCCGCCAGCAUCCUGCAGGAGCAGGAGCUGGUAGCAGACAACUGCAGCCGCCUCUCCAACACCUUCGUCCAGCUGCAGACUCAGCUCCGAGCCCGAGACCAGACCAUCGCCACCUCAAGAUCUGAGCUGGAGAACCUGCAGGACGCCAUGAGGACCAAAGCCACUGAGCUGGACCUGUUAAAGACGGACCGUGCCCGGCUGAUUCAGGACCUGAAGGAGCAGGCGAUGGCGGUGGACAACCUGCAGCUGCAGCUGGACGGAGUCUCGGAGGAGCUGGACCGGAAGAGGAGCCUCGAGCAGCAGCUGCAGGAAGUUCUUGUGAAGGAACAGACCAGAACCUCGCUGCUCCAGUCCAGGCUGGACGAGGAGAAGGAGGAGGUCUGUCGUCUGAGCCAGGAGAACAGUAGCUACACCCUGCUGGCCGACCAGCUCUCCACACAGAUCGUAGAGAUGGAAGAGGAGAUCUCCACCCUCAGAGACCAUCUCCGAGACCUCAGCUCCCAGCUCAACGAGACCGCAGACCUGGUCCUGGACCUGAGGAGGCAGCUCAACUCAAGGACCAGUAAGGUGGAUCAGCUCCGGGCCGAGGUAGCAGAGAGCGCUGGUCUCUUACGUCACGUCAAGUCGUCAUAUGAGAGGCAGAGCUGCAAUGUUCAGCUUGAGGCCAAAGACGGAGAGCUGGUCCAGGUCCAGCAGCUGCUGCAGGCCCUGCAGGACUCCCAGGACCAGCUGAGGACGUCAGAGGACGAGUUUGAGGAGGAGAAGAGGAAGAUGAGGCAGCAGCUGAUGGAGCUGGAGCAGCUGGUCCUGGCUCUGGAGGAGGUGACGGAGAGUCCGCACAGGACUCAGCUGGAGGAGCUUCGAUCAGAGAACGCUGCUCUGCAGGAGCGACUGAGCGUCCUGCAGCAGGAGGUCCAGAACCUGGAGGAGGACGUCUCCAAGAGGAGGAGGAAACUGGAGGAGAUGGAAGGAGAACACGAGAGGAGCCGAGACGAGGAGGAGAGGCUGCACAGAGAGAACUCUGAAUACAGGACGGAGGUUCUGGACCUGAGCAGCAGGAACCUGCAGCUGGGCGCCCGUCUCCACGGAGACCAGGAGUCGGCCCGGAUGCUGGAGGAGCGCCUGGCAACCGUCUCCAAGGAGGAGGCGGAGCAGCGAGCGACGGUGCGGCGGCUGCAGGAAGCAGCAGCGCAGCAGGAGAGAGAGAAGCUUCAGCUACAGACGUCCUGGACGCAGGAGCGACACCUGCUGGAGGAAGAGCUGAACUCCUGCAAGCACAAGCUAGGUGGUCUGUCCGAGCUGGAGGCGGAGCUCAGCGCUGUGACUCUGAAGCUUCAGUGGUCUGAGGAGGACAAGUCCAAACUGCUGCAGGACGCAGACGACCGCAGCCACGAGGUGGAGAAGCUGCAGCAGUUGCUUCUCACUCUGGAGUCGGAGGCGGAGCCACUUCGCUCUCAGCUCCACGCCGUUAGCCGAGAGAAGCUUGGCCACGCCCAGGAAGUAGCUGACCUGCAGAGGGCGCUGGACGACGCUCGCGACAAGGUGGAGGACUUGGAGACGAGCAUCAGGAAGUUGAUGAUGGAGAAGGAGGAGCUGUGUCGGUCUCUGGAGGAGCAAGCGUGUGUCGCUCUACAGGAGGAGUCGCACAGACAGAGCGUCCAGAAGCAGGAGCUCCAACACAAGCUGACGGAGGAGAAGCAGAAGCUGAAGAACAAAGUGAGCGAGCUGGAGAUGGCCAGGAUGCAGGCGGAGAACCAGGUGAGAACCUCAACAUCAAUCAUCUGAGCUUGGACUCAUGACUCCGUCAGGUUAAAGCUCAGUGUUGUACAGGAGCGAGCGAGCGGCGGCCGCAUUGAGCAGGUGGAGCAGCUGCAGGAGCGACUGCUGGAGGAGCGGAGGAGGAGUCAGCAGCUGGAGGAGACGCUGAAGCUUCAGGCUCAGCAGAGCAGCUCUCAGAUCAGCGUCAAGCAGGACCAGUACGAGAAGGCAGUGGCCGCGUUGCAGCAGAGGACUGAGGAUCUGGAGCUGAAGCUGAAGGCCGUCCGCUCGGUUCUGCAGGAGAAGGUCCAGGAGGUCAAAGAGCAGAUGGUGAAGAACGCCGAGUCCAGCGCGCUGCUGAAGGACGUGUACGUGGAGAACUCUCAGCUGAUGAAGCUGCUGCAGGUCAGCGAGCAGCGGCAGAAGACAGCAGAGAAGAACAACUUCCUGUUGAAGGAGAAGGUCGGGGCCCUCAACAGGCUGCUGAGAGAGAUCGUCCCCCUGUCGCUCGCUACGUAGCCGCCGCAGGCUCAGUGACCAAUCAGCAGCUGGUCUGAGAUCAGCUUCACUAAAGCAGCCAGGGGCCGUUAGCCUAGCUUAGCACAAAUACUGGGGGCAGUUGGAAACUGUUAGCACCAAGUCAGGAAGUAAUGGAAAAGCUCUUAAAUCUGUUACGAUGAAUCAGCAGAAGUAUGUGACUUUGAAAUCUGACAAUCUUACAAAUUAAAUCUUUACCACGAGAGAAACGUCAAACAAAUUCCGUUUGUCACAGUUUGUAAUUUCUAAAAACUUUUCUUAGAAAAUUCCGUCUUAAUUUUCUUACAUCCCGACUUUUACAAUAGAUCAGAAAUUCAUAUGUGAGAUGUCGACCAAAGACCAGAGUAUUUUUUUAAUGUCAGUUUGACGUGUGAACAUGUGACUCACGUGUUUCCUGUUUGCUCAUGUGACGCUGCCGGGGAAAUAAACAUAUCACUUAAUCAA